AUGAGUUUAGAUCGUAUCAUUCAGGAUUCGGAUGAGGACGAACCCCUUGAGGGGGAUGACCUCCCUACCUCUGUCAAACCUCUCCAGCCCUCUCAGCCCGCAUUGCACCAGGAAUAUCAACAAGCCCCCGCCAAACAGGCGACCCACAAUGCAGUGCAAGAACACGGUCCUGCUCUGGAUGAAAGCACAUUCUCACAGCUGAACGUCAAUUUCGAUGAGUUCCUCCAAUCGCAAGAAAGGAACCACUCAAUGCUAUCAUCGUCGCAGCAGCGGCUCGAGGACAAAUGGAUCCCCUCAACCAGUGAUGGUGGAAGUGGGUCGGUUGGCGCCAUGAUGACGGAGAUUGGAAUUGCCCAGAGAAGGCUUCUGGACGACGACCCUUCAAGUGCAAGCCUCAUGUUCCCUUCUACAACCGCGCCGUACUCGACAGAAUCAUUUCAGUCCGCGCCGUUUCCUACCAUACCAAGUUACCACUCAUAUCAGAUGGCCCAACCGACGAGUAAUAGCUUCACAUACAACCCAGCAUCAAUUAGCGUCUAUGUCGAUGCAAAUCAGACUUUGUUGCCCACCAAACAGAGUACUGAUGACUUAACUUCCCCUGACACCACUAAUCCAAUGGCUUCGCCUCCGAAAAUUGUCCCUCACCAAGCCAUCGAGCCCUCCAUGGAACAGAAGAACCCACUCUCAAACCCACCCCAAGAAGCCUCACAGCCCAAGUCUCAGCAGACGAGUCUCUGUUCUCCUCAUGACACCGAGCCUAUAUCCUCCGUUGCAUCUAUGCGAUUCAGCGAAGCAAAGAUCACUACUGCUGGAACCAGUCUUGUUUCCCCACAGCAAUCUCAGUCAAGCACGCACGACGAGCUCGCUCUCCCAGCUAUCCCAACAACUGUGCCAGAGAUCGAGACGCCCGGUGCAAAGAAGAAGCGAAGAAGACCCAAGAAACAACCGAUGCCAGAUAACGACGAAGACGAUGAGCUAGCUAACUCUCGGGACCACGAGUUCAAUGCCGCUGGCGUAAAUGGUGCGAUUGAACCCUCCGAUGGCGAAGAGAUCACGGAAGAUAAUACCCCGUCCUCGAGCGGAGUCCCCGAUGAGACUGACGAAGAAAAUCUAGAUGCAGCCCCCAAGCCUGCAAAAUCAGGACUCAAGGAGCCGAAAAAGAAGAAAGCCAAAAAAACCAAAACAUCACCCACACCUCAGCCCGAUGAUAACGAUGACGAUGUGAUAUGGGUGGACACGAAGCCUCAUAGCAUGGAACCUUCAGUCGAGAAAGCAACUCCGCUGCCAGAAACCCCACAGGCCCUAAUACAGGGUUUAGACUCUAAUGUUUUCGACUCAAACCCCCCUGUUGAUCCGCAGCUAUCGAUUCCCGCAGUCGAGGAGACGCAAAAGGUCGAAAAACCAGCACCCAAGAAACGCGGACGCAAGCGAAAGCAGACAACUGAUCAAGCGGAAACGCCAUCAGAGUCUGCUGAUACACCCGAACCAAACAAGCUGCCUUCCGGAGCCCAGACUCCUGCGUCAAAGUUGGCGGUCGUUGUCAACAAUAGCCCUAGGUCUAUGCUGGAAGCUGAUACCGGUAACAACGAUGUAUCUGCUAUUCAAAGCAACGGCCAGAAGCUCAAUCCACUUCCUGGUCCUGAUCCUCUCCCUGAAACUACAAUUGAUACCCCCCAGCCUCAGACUCCCUUGAAGUCCGAUGCUGCGUCUGUCAAUACACCUCAAAACACAGGCAAGGGCCCGAAUAAGCACAGCCCAAUCUCGGCGCGGAGUGGGGUGCCUUACCGUGUGGGAUUGAGUAAGAGGGCGAGGAUUGCGCCGUUGCUUAAGAUGGUACGGAAAUAG